UUGCAGGCGCAGGCGUAGCUGGGCGAGCGCUAAAGCCAAACACCGCCUCGCAGCCAGUAUUACAGCCUGAUGUGCAAUGAUGCCUGCGCUCGCAUUCCCAACGUCUUGUUAUGAUGGGUGCCAACUUACAUGGCGCAAGCUAACAUCGCAGCAUGGUACUCGGCGCCGGGAAGCGGUGCCGAUGAUAUCGCACGAGAAGCCUACGAAGACACGGUGAAAUACUUCGAGGAAGAGUUUACAAGAGAUGGCAAGAAACCCGAUUGGAUUCGUGCCCAGACCAGCCUUGGAGACGUUCUCGACACUGUCAGAAAGGCUCAAGAGCUCUACACGGCGACACACAAAGCCACAGCAACUCGAAGAUACGUGGCUGCUCUCUCAACUCGAGUGCAGAAUUUUGGUAAUGUGCUGGAUGUUUUGGCACAGCACCAUCCAGAAUACGUGUCGCUCGCCUGGGGUGCCAUGAGAUUCCUCUUCAAUGUGGGCAUUGACAGCGUCUCUUUGUGACACCUAAAUCUGAUACCCGCAGGGCGUUCUGAACCAACCGGAGCUCGUGACCGAGCUAUCAAGGGCCUUGGUUGAUAUCGCAGAUGUACUACUACACGUUCAGCUGGCCACUAACCUUUACCCGACCAUAUAUAUGAACGAAGCCAUCUCGCGACUAUAUGCACACAUCAUGCUCUUCCUGAAGCAGGUUGCCAAAUGGUACAGUAUGAGUCCCGCGCGCAGAGCAAUCUCGACCUUGGCGAAACCGUAUAAGAUCAACUAUAAAUACACGAUUGAGCAGAUCCAGCAAUGCUCCCACAUGGUCGACCUUGCGGCCAGUGCCGCUGCUAGAGCGGAGUUGCGAGAUCAGAAUAUCGCGCUACGAGAGCAGGUGCACGAGUUGCAAGAGCGUGACAAGGACCUUAAGGAGCUGCAGGAGAGACUGCGAUCCCUCGGCCACUUUGCGAAUGCUAGCGAAAACAAGUUCCUGAAACUGCAAGAUGUGUCCACUGGGAUCCCCACGACCAGCGCAGCCGGCAACGAUUUCACGCCCGUUCUACCGGAGAAUUUCCCUCAAGCACCCUCCCGUACCGCACUAGUUGCUGCAGAUCUUCUGCAAACAGCCCCUCAAGCACGUUCCAAUACUGCGAUAGGGUCUGGCUCCGUUGCCGCCACGACUUUCAACGAUUCCGGGUACGACAGCUACGGCUCCUCUAACCGUAGAUCAUCGGAGAAGGCGGUUGAGGCUGAUACAAUGACAAUUGCCACGGAUAGCCAGUCGCUUCAUAUUCCAGAAUCGACGAAGGAGCAUCUCAUUGUCGCAUUAGUGGAAGAACUCCUAGAUAGCAUCACCACGGAAGAUCACGGGAUCGUCCUAACACCGACACAGAUCGAGGAGAUCUGCAGCUUGCUCAAGGAGUGUUCCAUAGAGAUGGGUCACUAUGCAAGCGGCAAGCUUGAGCUCGACACACUCACGUUCAUUCGUCAGCAAAGGAGGCGCAUUGCACAGUCACUCGAAAAGUAUCUGAACAGCACGCAGCAGGAGCAUGAAUCUGAGUCUGAGGACGAGAUAAAUGACGAGGUAAUAUCGCUGAGUGAGAAAAUGCGACUGUGGCGUACCAAUGAGAAGGUAAACACCGAAGGCACAAUCGAAGAGGUAGCGGCUGCAGACUUUUGCGAGCUUGAGGAUGAGCCACCUAUCCCGGAACUACCAUACGCACGAGUGUUUCUGACGACACACCCAUUCUAUCCGCAGUUGAUUUUCAGAUUGAAGGCAAUCCUGAAGAACAAAGUUUGCGAGGGAGAUAGAAGCAGUCAUAUACGCCAUGCAAUUCUCCGUGGCCUUUCCGCCCCGGGGCCACCCGCCUCACGGCCACAUAGUAUGGCGACUCGGUCGGCUCAUUUCAAAUUUCCAGCACCGUCUCAAUCGUUCCUAGCUAAUGAUGCACUCUUCAAAGACGGCAAUUCUCUCGCAGACGUCGUAGUUCUCCAAGGUGGCUUGGACAACGCCUUCGCAACCACCUGUGCGGAGUACGUCCGAAUGACUUGGGGCCAAAGUGGAGUUGAUGUGUUCGACAAAAUACAAGAGGCAAUACAUUCAGAUGGUAAAGCCAGUUGGAUCGUAAUAAGACAACCUGGGAGGGAAACUCUCGUCUCAUUUGAAGUGUCAAAUGGCUCCGAUGACAGUAGCUCGGACCAGGAAUAUCUGAAUGCAGUGGUCAUCGGAAGUCCCCUGGUCAUGGCGGUCCUCGGAGAACAGCUGGCGUGGUUGUCAUCGGCCUUCCUUGAUAUUGAAGGGUCCAACGCGUUGUUAAUCCGAAAGCCUGAGGUGCUAAUCGAGACGAGCCACACACGUUGGGAUUUAACCUUGCAGAUUGACUCGGAAAAUUCCCGCCAACUGGACCGAUUGUCAUCGACAACAAAGCCGCAAUGCUGGCAUGAUCUGCUACGGCGUUUCAACUUGGUUGAAGGCUUCCCCAUCAGACCCCGAAAGAUCACGCAGAAGGGACUCGAAGUCCCGCUCGACAUGAUGGCAUUUCUGGCCGAGACUUGCAGGGCUACCAUCUUCGACGCCCGAAUGGUCCUUAAAGGCUGGUCUACUAGCCUUACGCCCACCGCACAAGUCGACGACUCAAUACUGUGGCACUACACACAAGAACAGAACGGGAAUCACCUAUCGUAUGAAGCCAUAACGCGUACCUGUGCUGCGACUGAUCAAGGCAUCCUCGACCAAGGAUGGUCGUGCCUGAAUCAAGACAGACACUUUCUGGGAUGGUGUGAUGCAUCUGAAGUCUUAGCAGGGACAAGCUCCGCCAAGUACGACGAGAUCGACUACUCAGGCGCCGCAUUCUGCGCUUCAGGCGUGGCAUUCGAGAAGAUGUCGAUCGUUGGUGGUCAGUUCUUGAGUGGAGGUGCAAGCUUUGUGAGAGGCAACAGGAAUACCCCCCUGAUCGUCUCAAGCCCACGGCAUUACAUGGAGCAAAUCGAGUGGCUUUCAGGAAAGAACUUCGUGCUUUAUGACGUGGGCGAUCGCAGAGCAUGGCUCAUAGAUGGGGCUCUUGCGGUGUUACACAUUAUGUGCACUCGACUUCGUCUCAGGCCGUAUCGCUCCGGCACAGAAUGCAUGCUUGAGAAGCUCCGAUAUGCGAAAUGCGCAGAGGGGCAUGAUGCUGGUUACAAUGCCCUGACAGAUCCGACGAACAUGCAGCUUGAAGUUUUCAGAAACGAACAGCCGUGGGAAGAAAAGGUCGAAAGUACCACCAGUUCUCCCAUUAUCGAAAGAAGGACCAAAAUCACGAUCACACGUUUUGCGGAUCUUGUGACGCAAGUCUGGUUCGUGAUUGAGGAGAUGUUCGCACACCAAGCCAGACUCCAGACCACACCUAGCGUGAAUCUACGUUUCACCAGCCGUGAAAGGCUUGAAGGGUAUGAUUUUAUGGACGUUGCCAGGGGUGAAUCUCCGCUCAGACCCAGGUUCGUCAUCUUGAAAUCCAGCGGCAAAGGAUGGGUCGACCUCGCACGGAGCAUAGGCGCAAUCGCACUGCUCGGUUACAGCUUCGGUGACCUCAUAAUCCCGGCCGAGCAAGCCAAAGCUCUUUGCCACAACUGGCGACGGCUGCCUCAUGGCCACGACUAUCUGGCCGCAAGUGUCUCCUUGAUCAAACAGAUCCGUAGGCGACACUCGAGCCGACAACCUGGACCAUUCCAGAUUGCUCAAGAUGUCUACUGGCAUCAGCAUGAUAAACUGUUUGGUGCCUGUAAUUGCAAGGCACGAAGAUGGAAAGACACUUGUGACCGCGUGCAAACACUACUGCCUGCGUCCGUCGGCGUGAAGCGCCCACCUGAGGACAUCUUGGAUCUCAGAUAUCAGGGCGGCGCCGUUAUAUUCGGACGAGGGAAGAGGUGUCCUUAUCGUUGGCCCAAAGACCCAGGUAAAGCCCCAGAGGAGCGGCAGCUGGGCGAAGACUCGGAUGUUGCUGACGAAGAGCCGGCCGCUGCCCUCAUGGAGGAGGACAGUGGUCUCGGGUCAAGCAUCAGCGCUACAGCAAGUCAGAGCAUCACUUCUGCUUCGGCGUCGCUCUCAACAUCCCCCCCAGUCCAGUUUGCUACUGUCGACUCUCCUGGUCCGGCUGGAAAUGACAACCCGGAACCGUCCACUUCCGAUCGCGAGAUGACGGUCCCGCCUGAUGGUUCGCAGCUUACGAUGAGCGACCAAGAGGAUAGCACAGCUCCGCCUCGACAAGACCUGGUUCAUGCAAUUACAAUACCUCCACCAGUCUCACUACUCCAAGACGCACCAGUGACGCUCAAUGGGCCAGUAACUGCCACGGGUCCUCAUGGCAGGACUACGGAGGGGCCAGUUCUAAAAUCGUCGCGCUCCAGGCUGUUGUCACGUGCCAAGCAACUUUUCUCACCACUACCAAGUAAAACGGCAAAGAAAUGAGUGCAGGUCUCAGCGACCCAGGAAGCAUUUUGGACGAGAGGACUUCCUACAUUGUCAGAAGUUACUGGAACUUGCGCCUAAAGAAUGAGACGGUAUUCUUCUGGGCCCGCGAGGACGGACAACGCGAAGAUAAGCAGACGGCCUACUCUCAUGCGGUUUCCGAUUGAGCUGGUUGUGCUCAGCCUCGAUCAUGCUGUCGCCUCCUACCCACAUCGCCGGUGGUAUGUCAGAACUGCUCUUUUCGACUACUCUGUUAAGAAAUAGGUCUCCAGUCACAAGGCUCUCAUGUAGGGGUGCGGGGAGUGAAGACAGACUGGGUAGAGAAGUGGGUUACUGGGGUAUGCACUGGAUACUCAUGUGGGUGUGAAUAGAUAACAUGAAUUGGCUACGAGGGAGUGAAACCAUGUCAUCUGACAAUGAGCAUAUCUAUAGUCGUAUCUCUUUGUGCGCUCUGUUGCUCU